UGUCGAGCUGUCACUUGACAGCAGCAGCACACAUGAACCAGAGGGUCCCGCGCACGGAUUUCGAUCGCCCGUCGACUUUACUAUAAAGGCGUCGCCUUCGUUGCGUUUUCAACGGGGCAGCGACAUUAAAGGACAACAGCUUUGGCAUCUCCACGGGCGGAGCACGAAAGCGUAGGACGAAGGUUUUCGCCGCCGCUCGCUACUCGGGCUGCUAAUGCUAAGGCUAGCCAGCUAGCUAGCUUGCGGACCGGAUAGCAGGUGUUCGGCAGCCCGUUGGUGUAUUUAGCUGGCGAGCUAAGGUCGGAUGAGCGAACGAUAGUUGCCGGUCAACGGUACCUCGCGGCUGCUCUGGCAUAAUAAAUGUGUCAAUGUAGCGCUUUUUCCAAUACAACGCCAACUACUUCCCGUGUCAAUGCAUGCACCGUUGUGAAGUGUUUCUCCGCCUCUCGCCUUGAUGAAUCUCACCCGUAUAUGACUAGCAUGCUACGGCUCUGCUAAUGCCAGCUCAGUGAGGCUUCACGUCGUCGCAGGGCUGCGUAGUUCCACGGGCGAGCCGAAAGGGGAAAGAGACCUGCUCGAUAAUGCAUACUGGGGGACGCGGUGGACUGUCAGGCGAAGGAGACCGAUAUUAGCGUCAACGUUGCGCCCUGCCCACCCCCGUGAAUCCUUGUUGAGUUUGGGCCAUAUGGUUUUAGCCAGGCUGCGGUGGAUAUUUGAUGAAGAAAGGGAUUAGGCUCAUUUUGACCAGACAGCUGACUAGAUGAAUAGCCCUGUUAUCCACUGAAUCGCGAGGUGGUGGCCGCCGUGCCAGAAAAGGGAAUACAUUCUGAAGAUCAACCCCACGGAUUGCAAUACGCACAACGAGCUUGCAAAACGAUGGCUUCGGCGGGCAGUAUUGCUGCAGCCAUUGCUAGCAAAACCAAGACGAAAAAAAAGCACUUCGUUGCCCAGAAAGUGAAGCUCUUCCGUGCCAGCGAUCCUCAACUCAGCGUGGUUAUGUGGGGAGUCAACCAUUCGAUAAACGAGUUGAGCCAUGUUCAGAUUCCCAUUAUGCUCAUGCCAGAUGAUUUCAAGGCCUACUCGAAGAUUAAAGUGGACAACCAUCUAUUCAAUAAAGAAAACAUGCCCAGCCAUUUCAAGUUCAAGGAGUAUUGCCCCCUGGUGUUUCGAAACCUCAGGGAGAGGUUUGGCAUCGAUGAUCAAGAUUUCUUGAACUCCCUGACUCGUAGCGCUCCCUUGAACAGUGAAGCCCAGGGACGAAGCGGGGCUCGUUUCCAUACCUCAUAUGACAAGCGCUACGUCAUCAAGACCAUCAGCAGUGAAGACGUGGCGGAAAUGCACAACAUUUUAAAGAAGUACCAUCAGUUUAUUGUGGAGUGCCAUGGCAACACGCUGCUGCCUCAGUUUUUGGGGAUGUACAGGCUCACCGUUGACGGGGACGCAACGUACAUGAUUGUGACGCGCAACGUCUUCUCGCACCGCCUUUCCGUCUUCAAAAAAUAUGAUCUCAAGGGUUCGACUGUGGCACGAGAGGCCAGUGACAAGGAGAAGCAGCCGCCCCCACCAGAGGAUGUGCCCCCGCGGCCCAAAUCUGGUAACGUUCAGCAAAGGCUGCAAACACUGCGGAUCGCGACGCGCUUUUACUGCGCCAUGAAACACGUAAGAGAUGCUAAGGAGCUGCCUACCUACAAGGACAACGACUUCAUCAACGAUGGCCAGAAGAUCUGCGUCGACGACGAGAACAAGAAAAUGUUCUUGGAGAAGCUCCGGAAAGAUGUCGAGUUCCUGGCCCAGUUGAAGCUCAUGGACUACAGUCUGCUGGUGGGGAUCCACGAUGUCGAACGAGCAGAGCAGGAAGAGGUGGAAAGCGAGGACAACGAGGCCGAGGAGGAGGGUGGCGAGAGCGACGGAGGGGUCAUCGGGACCCCUCCCGACAGUCCCAGCAACACCCUGGACAGCACCAAGCCCCUGUCCCCCGGAGAAUUUGAUCCCGCCAUUGAUGUCUAUGCCAUCAAAAGCAGUGAAAGUGCGCCCAGGAAAGAAGUCUACUUCAUGGCCAUCAUUGACAUCCUGCAACACUACGAUGCCAAGAAGAAGGCCGCCCACGCCGCAAAGACGGUCAAACAUGGCGCUGGAGCCGAAAUCUCAACCGUGAACCCCGAGCAGUACUCCAAGAGGUUUCAUGAUUUCAUCACCACUAUUCUGUCAUAGCCCCCACGGGCACCAGGAGGUGCUCAAGCUCUAGGGCGGCGGCGGGGGGCCGUAGGAUGUGGAGAGGGGGAAAAAGCAGAAGGCCAUGGAAAGAAUGAAGGUGCUGUGGUGUCUUUGUGUGGCUUCCCCGCUUCCUCCUUGCCGCAGCUAAAACGUGAUUCGUUUACAUUCAACUCCUCCUCGGCUUUUGCGGAGGUUCUUUGGAUGAGGCAAUUGUCAAAAGCAAAAGUUCUUUUCUCGUCGGCGUUGUUUUUCCACACAAACUUGAGUCCUUUGUCUUGUCAUUUUGAUGGAAAAUGUGUUUUUUAAAUUGCCCCCGCACCUCAUUUGUGUGUUUUUGUCACACUCACCCUUUAUGUCAUGUUGUCGGGCGGGGCCGAGUUUCACUGAGGGGAGGAGGAGGCCACCCUCACGUCCCUGCAGAUUGCCGCGUUCGUUGCGUUUAGUCACUGCACGUCGUCCUGUGCGCUCUUGCCAUAUGUCCAUCCAGCGCUUCCCCUCAUCCCGUGCGCUCACUUUUGUCGUUUGAGUUGUGAUGCGGACUCUGGAUAAGGGUGACUUGGCGACGGGAAACGAUGCAUCAAUUAAAUAACUUCUCGGGUGGCGGUCUUUUCGAGAAUCGACAUCGGCCAUGAACGGGCUCUUGCCAUCGGCACCUUAUGUUGGAAUUUAAAAAAAUGUUUGCACUUUUUUUUGUUGUUACGGUCAUGACAAAACAUUUUGCGCUUUUGAUGACAUUUGUGGCAACUAAGAGGAAUCCUGUGAAUAAUGUGUGCAAAAGCUUGCAGGGACUUGGUUCCGUUUGGAGAGAAACCAGAAAAGUAUUCGAUUGGGCCAGCAAAACAAAAUUGAGGAACCACGUGGCUGCGUCGCACUCUGAGCAGCGGGAAAACAAGCUUCCUCUUCUUGCAUCCAUCAUUUCAAAGUCAAGGUUUUCAAGGAGGCGACUGGUCAUUGUCCAGCAACGCUUCCAGAUGUUUUUUUGUUUUUUUUUGGUGGGGGGCGGCACUUAAUCGUCUUUGAGAUUGGCGCGGCACUUCUCCACCUCCCCGCACACAUUUCCACGUUGCUUCACUCAUUGUGGAGCAUCAGUCACGUUUUUUUUAUUUUUUAGUCACCACCUGCAGGUAUUUCUCUUUUUACAUUUAUUGAGGAUGACGAUAGCAUAGAAUCUUGAUCUCAAAAUGGAUUAUCCCUCCCCCACUGCAGCUUUACUUGAGCCGCAUCCAGAGGAAAAGGAAAAAAAGUUUGGUGCAUUUUGUUGACAAAACAUCUUCAAAAGGAGCCUUGCCAGUCAACCACUGACUUUUAUUUUGGAAAAUGCCGGAUGACCACUCUUAGUGUUUUGUGUUUCAAUCUGGUGAAGAGGGUUGCAGCCCCUCAACGUUUGCGGGAGUGACCGCAUUUCUCUUUUGGCUUGAUGACUUUCCCGGAGAGAGUUUUUGGGAGAUGCUACAAGAAGCAUGUUGUCAAGGCCGUUCCCGUUUGUGUUGGAGGGUUUUGGAAUAUUUUGCACACAAGGAAAGGAACCAAAUGUUACAAACGACAACCCCCACUUAUUUGAUGCGGUCUUAAGAAGGGAAAUGCAAUAUGUGUGUGUGUGUGUUUGUGUUCAAGUGAGAAAUGUGCGUGUGACGUGCAGUACUUCUGUAAAACAAACUUCAAGCAAGUAACGUCAUCCUCUUUGACCUAUUUUAACCCGUGCAAAAGGUUUCCGUCACAAUAUGUUUGUGUAGAUAUCAGAUUAUAUUCACAUUUAUAUUUUUACAUUGGAUUUUAGUCGUGAAUUGUUGUAUUUGGGGGGGAGGGGGGGGCAUAAAAAAAAGAGUCACCCAUGAGGCUGAAUGACGGAUGGUGCUGUGGUAAAUGAAGACUAACUAUGCUUGAAUCUCUCAAAUGCUUACGCUGAUGUGCUUUUAAAAAGUCAUUAAAAAUUGCAUGUCACAGGA